GUUACCUGCGGCACUUCCUGUUUCGUCAUAACUCAAAUCGUGUCACAAACGUCGCGUCGUUAAACGCUCUUUGGCUUUUGUUGUUGGGAUUUUAACCACCAGAAAGUUUUAGGGAUGUUGCACCUCACAAACGAACUGGCUGAAAUUUUUGCUGAAGACUCUGACAGUGAAAAAACGUUUUAUGGCUUUUGUGAAGAUGAACUGAGCGACCCCUGUGACAAGAAUAGUGACCUGGAAGAUGAAUAUGAAGGUCAAAAUGGAGACCAGCCUUCUUGUGUUACCUCCAAGCAAAAGAAUGCCAAAACGUCAAAAACCUUCAGGUUGAGGGUGGCGCUCCAUUCGUCUCUGACUGACCACAACUCCGAUGAUGAUUGUGUUUGUGAUGAUGAUAAUGAUGACGGAGAGGAGGAAGAGAGUACCCAAAAGAAUCUGUCGGACUCUUUCCUGGUGAAGAGAGAGCGAAACAUCAAGGCAAACAAAGCCAUGUUGGCUCAGCUGAUGGCGGACCUGCAGAAGAUGUCUGGAGGCACCAGUCUUCUGAAAAAACAAGGAGUAAAGCAGCCCAGUGAAAAAAUAUCUCAUCCACCUCGCAUGAUACAGGAGUCCAGGAAGAACCCGGAGCAAGUGUCCCGCCGACGGACCCGCUCCAUGGGCCGAUGCGAGGACCUUUGUGGCGCACGAGAGGAUGAGCUCGAGCUCAGCUUGGAAGAAGAGCUUCUGGAGGUGCGGCGACCUCCGCAGCAACGUAGCACCCCACGGUCCAAUCCCAACCCUCACGUGAUCCGGCCCGUGGACGACAUCACGGAGGAUGAACUUCAACUGGUGGCCAACCACAUGACAGACAAAAUCUACAACAGAGUCACCGGCUCCACGUGCCACCAAUGUCGGCAAAAGACGGUUGACACAAAGACAUGCUGCCGGAGCGAGGGCUGUCGAGGUAUCCAGGGCCAGUUCUGCGGGCCGUGUCUGAGGAACCGAUACGGAGAGGAUGUCAAGAAGGCGUUGCUGGAUCCGGAGUGGCAGUGCCCUCCCUGCCGAGGCAUUUGCAACUGCAGCUUCUGCCGGCAACGAGAAGGCCGUUGCCCCACCGGCAUCCUGUUCCCUCUUGCACAAUACCACGGCUUCUCGGACGUGCACUCCUACCUCAGCAGUCUCCGCAACAAACUGAAGAGUGAUGGUGAUGACUUAGACAUGUGAACUUGGGAAUGAUUAUUUUAGUUUUUAACAAAUAAAGUUUUUUUUCUUUUAUGGUUGAGUUGUACUUUAAGUGGGAAAUAAGUAUAUAAAGUAAGCAAAAGUAAGAGAAUAAUGAUUUUAAUCCAGCUGUUUGCAUUUGCAGUAGUAUACAAUAUAAAAUCCCUCAUUUAGAACAGGCAGUGGGAAGAAAAAGAGCACUUGUAUGUAGAGUUUGCAAAAAAAAAAAAAGAAAGCCUGACACAUGGGGUCUAAGGAAGACAUUCUCACAGUGGUGAUGAGCAUCCUUCCAAAUUGACCUGUUGAAUACACUGAGCAACUUGAGCCAAACUCGUCGUGUCGCACCGAUUACUUUGUCCAGUUUCAAUUCAA